AUGAGUUUGAAAGAGAUUCUUGGUUUACAAGUAUGGACAAAAUUCUUCCAAAUAGUUAAAGGUUGUGGUGGAUGGAUUGGUUUCACGAAGAAACGUUAUUUGAUGGAUGAAACGAGAGUUGGGAAAUUCAUGGGGGAAGAUAAAUUCGGCAAUAAAUACUACGAAGACAAUUCAUAUUUUAUGCCCCGAAAUCGCUGGGUCGAAUAUCCAGAACAUGUGUGGCUUGAUUACGACGCUUCUCAGAUUCCUGCUGAAUGGCACAUGUGGUUGCAUCAUAUUACCGAUGAAACUCCUGUUCAGAAUCCUCCAAAGCAGAGGAAGUGGAUGUUGGAUCAUGAGGAGACCUUGACUUUACUGGAAAAUCGGAAGUAUUACCCUUAUUCGACAACAAAACAGAAGCUAUCAUUAUGGAACCCGAAGUUUAAGGAAACACACUAA